UUUGUAUGUGUUUCUCUCAGGUUGAGGAGGUGAAGAAGAUGAAGGUCGGUGAUCCUCUGGACCGGUCCACAGACCACGGACCUCAGAACCACAAAGCCCACCUGGACAAACUGGUGGAUUUCUGUCAGACUGGGAUCAAAGAGGGGGCCACGCUGAUUUGUGGAGGAAAACAGGUGCAGAGACCAGGUUUCUUCUUCGAGCCCACGCUCUUCACCGAUGUUCAGGACCACAUGUUCAUCGCUAAAGAAGAGUCCUUCGGCCCCAUCAUGAUCAUCUCCUCGUUCAAGGGCGGUGAUGUGGACGACGUCCUGAGGAGAGCCAACGACACAGAGUUCGGCCUGGCGUCGGGGGUUUUCACGCGGGACAUCAGCAAAGCUCUGUACGUCAGCGAGAAGCUGAACGCCGGCACCGUGUUCGUCAACACUUACAACAAGACGGACGUGGCUUCACCUUUCGGAGGAUUCAAGCAGUCCGGAUUUGGAAAAGACCUCGGACAAGACGCUCUGAAUGAAUACCUGAGGACGAAGGCAGUGACCAUCGAGUAUUAAGAGGAGGAGGAAGCGGUGAAAAGUGGAGGAUGGAGUGAUUUGCUCUCGCUAUAAGUGACUGCCUCUCAUUAGUGAAUACUAAUCCUGUGCCUUAACACGAUCAAUCAGUCUAACAAAUGAAUGUUGAGUCCUGGUCCAUGCUGUAGUAAGGACUGUCAUAUAAAUACGCCCAAGUGACCUCAGACUGUUUGUAAUCAAUGUGAUUUAGUAGGAAAGAGAUGAGCAAGGAGGUCAAACAUCAGGAUCCUGAUCAACAUGUCAGGGUUUUUCUUUAUUAACGACCGCUUCGCUGCACAUUAUCCAGCUUAUUACACGGCUGCGUACAAAAUAAACCAACAACUUGUUUCAGGAAUAUUGAUAAAAAAUGAUUUAAAAAUAAUUUGUCCGUCUUCUUCUGCUGUUCCCUUUAGUGUUUACUUCCUGGCCGUUUCU